AUUUUGAAAAGGAAACCAAAGUUCAGAUAAGUUACGACUCCCCGAAGAUCCCUCAACUGGGCCUACUUCUGUGUCUACAUAAUUGUAACCCUAAUAAUAGUACAUGGAGGUUAGCAGUAACAGUCUGAGCAAAAUAGACAAAAAAUGGCCAUGUCCAGCCACACACAAAUUUCAACAUAUACAUUUUGAUUCCUUAAGCUUUAGCAGAGAAGGGAGAGUAGCAUUCUCCUUACAAAACUUCGAACACUGCAGGGAAGAAGGUGGAAAGGACUCUGUGGAAACUUUCCCACCAGGGUGUCUUGGGCUGUGGUAUUUCAGAGUCCUUUCUCCUAGGGGUACUCUGUACCCUGGCACCAACAGCCAGCAUUUAUCUGCCUACUUACCACACAGUUGGGGAGAAUUCUUCAACUGUCCUUAAACUGAAUUCUGGAUCCUUUUCAAAUUAAGACUAGGAAGGACCCAGAGCUUUGCCUGGCUUUCCUCUUAUCCCACUGCCUAUAAGGCCUGAAGUAAGGAUGUCUAAGAAUAUACUCCCAGAGAGAAAAUGCUCCACCCUACUAAUAACCGCAGGUUAGUGCAGGAACAGACUGCAAAGUGCAGGUGAUGUUUAGGCCACACUCUUAAACACUCGCUGCAGGAAGGCCCACCCUAGACACUACAUUCAAGCUCCCAUCCUGGGCUUUCUUUCCAAGUCCACUCCGUGCCUCCUUCCCUGUGUCGUCCACGGAAAAAACAAGCCUGUCGGCUUAACCUAAGCAAAUAAACAUAUGAGACGACUCUUUAAGCAUAAUUCAUAUGCUGACUCGGGCCUUUUGUUCCUCCGAGAUCAAAGAGGCCAGAAAUUUCUUUUCGGAAGAAUUUUUGGCCUUGAGAUCCGGACUGGUCUUAUUAUACAACGGAUCUUUCUUGGCGUUUGCUGAAAAAUGGUCCUGAGAAGAAGCUAUUUAAUUGCUUUUUAAGGCGAGAAAGAGGUGGGAUUAAUAACGGUAAAAAGAAGCAGCACGAGAGAACAGCCGAUUGGGGUACUCGAGAAGGGGGAGCACAUGCCAUAUAAAACCCGCCGAGGAGGCGGCAGCGAGACGGCACCGGACGCCACAUCAGACUGGGCCUUAAGGAUAACCGGGCUCCCGCUCACAGCAUACAGCCCCAGGACUACCCUUGACCACCUUCAGCCAGACUAUGUGUGGCAGAGGACCCCCUGGCCUACUCUCCCCAGCGCUGCCUCUUGCCUCCUCAGUCCUGAUGCUGCUAAUGAGCAGCCUAUGGCUGGUGGGGGCCGGCCCCAGCCUUGCCCUGGUCCCAGAGCUGCUGCUGGACCCCUUUCAGGCACACCGGCUGCUGACCCAUGUUCUGGGCCACACGGCCCUACCAAGUCUGCUCCUGAGUCUGCUGCUCCUGCCUGCACUGGGCUGGCAGCAGGAGUGCCACCUAGGCACACUGCGGUUCCUGCAUGCCUCCAUUCUGCUUGCCCUGGCUGCUGGGUUAAUGGCCAUGAUGUUGGCAGGCCUCGGGGUGUCCAGUGCCGCUGGUGGCUGUGGAUACAUGCCUGUCCACUUGGCCAUGUUGGCAGGGCAGGGUUACCACCGUAGAUGGCCCCAUGGAACACUGCCACCGUGGCUGUUGUCAUGGCUGCUGCUCGCCUUGACACCGCUGCUCAGCUCUGAGCCACCCUUUCUGCAACUCUUCUGCGGCCUCCUUGCUGGCCUGGCCUACGCAGCUGGGGCCUUCCGGUGGCUGGAGCUCUCUGAGAGGCGGCUGCAGGCACUGCAGGAGGGUGUCUUGUGCAGGGCCCUGGCAGAGUGCUGGCCACUCAGGCUCCUUCCCACCCCAGGCAGCAUGCCUGAGCUGCCUGUCACUCAUCCUGGAGUGAGGCUCUCCACCCCUGGACCUCUUUACAUGGCCUCCCAUAGUCUCUGGUCCCACAGUGAAGACUCAGCCCCAUUCCCACCAGGACUGGGGCCUGUGCAGCCGACCUGGGAGGGCUCCUCAGAGGUGGGCUUGGCCUGGGCUGAGCCCAGCUUCCCCCCAGGGACCCCACUGUGGGUAGCCCUGGAUGAACAGAUGCUACAGGAGGGAAUCCAGGCCUCACUUCUUGAGGGGCCAGCCCAGGAUCCUGAGAGCCCACUAUGGUUGCCUAAGUCCUCUGUCUCCUCUCUGCGGCUGCAGCAGCUGGAGCGCAUGGGCUUCCCCACAGAGCAGGCGGUGGUGGCACUGGCAGCCACAGGCCGUGUGGAGGGCGCUGUAUCACUGCUGGUCGGUGGAGAGGUGGGCACUGAAGCCUUGGUGACUCAGGGGAGGGGUGGGCCUGCCCAUCCCGAGGGCCCUGGGCCCCCCUAGCACACACAGGCAGGCCCUCAGGUGAUAAGAGGCCUGGCCUAUGGGUCGGUAGUCUGAGUCCCAGCCCUGUGUGCUGAGUACAGGGGGUGCAGGAAAGCCCCCUCCAGCAUCCUGCCUUGCUACUGUUUAGAAUAAAAAUCAGUUUACUUUUCAA